UAAAAUAUUAUUUUUUUUAUUUUAAUAUUGGGUACAAUUUGAAACUAGGGUGCUAUUGUAACUAAAGUUAAAGUUCAAGGUACUAGGAAAAUAAAGCUAAAUUUAGGGUAAAAUUAAAACUAUCCACAUAAUUUUGGGUUUUUUUAAUGAUUUAGCCCUUAAAUUUAAAAGGGAAAUUGAACCUUAUUAAUAUUAUUAUGGAAAUUAUAGUAGAGUAGUUUACAAAAAUGAAAUAAUCAAAAUAAAAUAAAAUCACAUCCUCUAAGAAUCUUUAUGGUUAAAAUAAGCUAAAUUGAGAGAAACUAAUUCAAAUAUACACAUUUGAAUUAUAUCCAUAGCACCUCCCUGAAGCUGGUGGCCUUUGUAAUAAUUAGAACUUGUUUUGAAUAUAAUAGGGUAAUGUAAUCAAAUUCAUUUUUAUUAUAAUCAUAUUUGCAUUAAUUGACAUGUACAAUCAAAAAUUAAAUCUUUUGUACUCUUUUUGUGUUGAUGCAGAAUUAGGAGUGGUGUUUGUUAGAACCGUUGGAUUAAAAGACAUAUUUGGUUAUGCUAACGAGUUGAUUGCUGACCUGUAUACUAACCGAAUUCCCAAUGGCACGUCAAUAAGCUAUGCGGGAUAUUAUCUCUUGGGUGAGAAUAUUUAUAUCACACUUUUUCUUUUUUUUUCUUUUCUUUUUUUUUUUUGGAAGGGUUGGCUAUAAUGAUAAUCUAGGGCAUCUAAUCUAAUCCUUAUUAUUAAAUUCAAGGUUUCCAACACAUAAAAAUCCUUAAAGAAAGAAAGAAAGAAAAAAAUCCUUAAAAAAAA